UAUUUAUUAUUAUUUUUAUUUCCCCUCUCUCUCUCUUUCUCUUUCUCUUCUUUCUCCUCUCCGCUCGUUUUGUAUCAGAUUCAGUGCUCUCUGCUUCCUUUCCUGCCAUUUUCUUUUUAUUUAUUAUUAUAUUUAAAUAUUUUAAAAUAUUAAUCAAUCAAUGCUUCCUCUUCUUCUCUCCCCUUCUAAUUUCUCGCUGUAUCAUCAUUCUUCUCUUUAAUUUUCUUCUCUCUCUUAAUUUGACCUAAAUCCCCUUUUCCUUCUACUCUCGACUCCGAUUUCGCCCUAUAAUGCCAAUUCCCUCAUCGUUUUCACUCUAAUUCAUUGUACUGAAUUAUCGAUCACAAGUUUCCGAUUUAAGAAUCAGUGGCUUGAUGGCAGUGUUGAUUGUGAAGGUGCACUGUAUGUCUGAGUAUUGAGUAGGAGGAGGGGAUUGUGUCCUCUCCUCUGUUCCGCCGUCGACGUCGACGAUUCCGGUGGCAGAGGCUCUGUUGUGAUUGUUGUUGAGAUUUGAGAUUCGUGGUUAUUGAAUUUUUGUGUGUGAAAAAUGUAUGCUUCGGUAGCAGAUAGGGGAUAUGAAGGGAGUGGCGGAGGUUCAGGACCUAUUUUGAUUCCGAAGCGUUUUGUUUGGCCUUAUGGAGGAAGAAGAGUGUUUCUCAGUGGUUCUUUCACGAGAUGGUCAGAGCAUAUACCUAUGUCUCCGAUGGAAGGAUGUCCUUCUGUGUUUCAGGUUAUUUGCAGCUUGAUGCCGGGAUAUCAUCAGUACAAAUUUAACGUGGAUGGCGAGUGGCGGCAUGAUGAGCAGCAGCCAUUUGUAAGUGGGAACUAUGGAGUAGUAAAUACUAUUUAUUUAGUGAGAGAACCAGAUAUUUUACCUUCCAUCUUAAGUGCUGAAACACCCAGUAGGUCCCACAUGGAGGUUGACAAUGAUGUCUUUGGGCAUGCAGUGCCAGAAGCUAAUCCAAGGAUGUCAGAGUCUGAUCUGGAGGUCUCUCGCCACCGUACAUCUGUAUUCUUGUCUACACAUACUGCGUAUGAAUUGCUUCCUGAGUCUGGGAAGGUCAUUGCGUUGGAUAUAAAUUUACCAGUUAAGCAAGCAUUCCAUGUUCUGUAUGAACAGGAUGUAUCUAUGGCCCCGCUAUGGGAUUUUUGCAAGAGUCGGUUUGUUGGAGUGCUUAGUGCAAUGGACUUCAUUCUCAUAUUGAAAGAGUUGCGGAAUCAUGGAUCAAAUUUGACUGAAGAACAACUUGAGACUCACACUAUAGCAGCCUGGAAAGAGGGAAAAUUGAAGCUACACAGGACACUUGAUAAUAAUGCGGUAUCAAGUCCUCAUUGUUUUGUACAUGCUGGGCCCCAUGAAUGCCUAAAAGACGUGGCUUUAAAGGUUUUACAAAACAAUGUGUCAACGGUUCCUAUCAUUCAUUCUUCUUCGGAGGAUGGUUCAUUUCCCCAACUGCUUCAUCUUGCUUCCCUAUCAGGAAUUCUAAAAUGUAUAUGCAGGCAUUUUAAGCACUCUGCUGGCUCUUUGCCCAUUCUUCAACUUCCGAUUGGUUCAAUACCUUUGGGUACGUGGGUGCCUAAAGUUGGGGAUCCAAAUGGACAGCCACUUGCAAUGCUAAGGCCAAAUGCUUCUCUUGGUGCUGCCCUGUCGAUGUUUGUUCAAGCUAAAGUUAGCUCAAUACCAAUUGUGGAUGAUAAUGAUUCAUUGCUUGACAUAUAUUCAAGAAGUGAUAUUACUGCAUUGGCUAAAGAUAAAGCAUAUGCUCGGAUAUCUCUGGACGAAAUUAGUAUUCAUCAGGCAUUACUUUUGGGACAAGAUGCUAAUUCUCCGUAUGGGCUCUACAAUGGCCACAGAUGUCAUAUGUGUUUGAGGUCUGAUUCGUUGCACAAAGUGAUGGAGCGGUUGGCUAGUCCUGGGGUUAGGAGACUUGUGAUCGUGGAGGCUGGUAGCAAGCGUGUGGAAGGGAUUAUUUCAUUAAGUGAUGUGUUCAGAUUCUUAUUGGGCUAGUUGGGAGGGAUAUAUUGGUGAUCUUAUUUAUAUGAAGGGAAUAGCAGUGUUAGUAUCAAUCAGCACUGGAAGGGAACUGAACUAUUCUGUUCGCUCUUGUUUUCUAUAAAUACUAUUUCUCAUAGUCUUUGAUUGGGUGGACAGCUUUUGCUGUUUGCCCAAAUGCUUUUUUUAGGGUAGAAAUUGGAGAGAAAAUUCUGUAAAUUGAGGAUCAUUUUUCUCCUUUGUGCCGGCACAUCUGCAAUGUCUGUGUCCAGUGCUAACAGAAUUCAAGGAGAAUCUAAAAAAAAAAAGUUAAUAAAAAUGGACUAGGAAAAGAUGAAAUAUUUAGCCAUAUGCAGCAGCACGAAUGCCUUUGGCUAGUUGUAUCCUUGUAAUUUAAGGUUUAUUUUGUCCGAUGAUUAUGACUUUUAUUAUUAUAUUUACAAACUAUUGAUCAUUUUACCAAA